UGCUGUGUUACAGCAUACAGCGGAUAGCUUGCCGAAGCGUUCGUCUACCGCUAGGGGGAGCUAUUGUAGGAAUGAAGUCCAGUUGAUAUUCACGUCUGCUCGUGUGUGUAAUAACUUCAGCCUUCAGCAACAGAAUUACUGAUUCAAUGGAUGACUGAGUAAGAGGGUCGUGGGGGAACGUGGAACAUUCAACUGGGUUGUACAUCAACGGUUUAUAUUUGUCAAACAACUCGGAAGGAUUAUAUCCGCUGUAAGGGGGCGUAUCCACCGAGCGUGUAUUUGACUUGAAUUGAAAACAACGUGUUUGACAGAUUCUGUUUCAUUUCGAAGAUGAUUCAACACUAGAGGGACUGUCGGUCUGUAGGGGUGAUGAGCAAUCAACCAAAAUCGAAAACCCAGCACGUGAAGCUGGUGUUGCUAGGCGACCAAGGGGUAGGAAAGUCCAGCUUGGCGCUCCGGUUUGUUCGUGGGGAGUUCCACGAGAACAGCGAGGCUACGAUUGGAGCUGCGUUCCUCACACAAACCACCAAUGUGGACAACCAUUCCAUCAAGUUCGACAUCUGGGACACGGCGGGGCAGGAGCGCUACCACAGCCUGGCUCCCAUGUACUAUAGAGGAGCCCAAGCCGCGAUCGUCGUCUACGAUGUCACAAGCGCUAAUUCUUAUAACCGGGCGUUGUCAUGGAUACGCGAGCUACGACAACAGGCCAACUCCCAGAUAGUUCUGGUUCUGGCGGGGAAUAAGGCGGACAUGGCUGGGCCAAACAGAGCCGUUCUGACAGAGGACGCACAAGCAUACUCGGCUGAUAAUGGGCUGAUAUUUGCCGAAACCAGUGCUAAAACCGGAAUGGGCGUCAAUGACAUAUUCAUUAAAGUCGCACAUAAACUGGCCCGUAGACUCGACCAGGGCGGCUCGCUGGAAGGAAACAGAGAUGGAGUGAGGUUAAAAGGGGAUGAAGGCGAAAAGAAGAAAGGUUGUUGCUAAGCAACCAAAUAAUCGACAGAUCUGUAAAAUAUACUCGAUUGGUAAAGGAACUGUGAUAACACUUCCACUCAGCAGCUCUGUAAUAUAUUUAGUACCAUCAAUAAUCUUGAAGUCUUAACAUUACAGUGUACAUAGUAAUAUCGCCGUUAUAUGGUAUAAUAUGGUUUAGCGAGCGCAUACAAUACAUUUAUGAGCAGACAUUGACCUUUAUCACUGGCUUGUAUGACAUAUCUGUUUCAUUAAGACAAAAGUUCGGAUAUGUCAAAAAGUUGAUUACUAACCUUGCUUCGCAUGUGGCCACCAAACACAUGUGUUACGAUUGAUCAAAGAACGCAACACCUAGCGCCACUCUCGCAUGACGUCAUAUACUGUGACGUCACGCUUUUUGGGAUGUAGUUGAUUCUGAGCCACGAUAUCACUGGCCAUCCUGAACGUGCAUUUUAAAGUAAAGCUGAUGUAUAACUAUAGAUCAUUAUGCAAUAUUAUACAAAUGUAUCAUGUAUUGUGUUUUAACCAUUACGAGGUUUAAGACAGAGAAAGCACUCGAAUCUUGAUUCAUCGAGCAACCUGCUGACUCAAGAGAUUCGUGAUUUGUCCUGUACAAAAUAUUGUUUAAAACUUUGUUAAUCUAUUUAGAUGUUUUUCGCUCUUAUGACGUUCAUAUAGGCCUACGCCCUCAACAAUAUUCACUUCAAUCUGACGAUGCUGAAUGUGUUGGGUUGUACCCCACUGUUAACUGAUUAAACUUAAACACCUUUAACAUCAACAGUAUAGUCCAAGCAAGAUUGUGUAUUUCAGCCGUGAAAAGUCACGCAGUUAUCUCUCCGACAUUUAAAGACCGCGCAAUAUCCAAUUCUGUUCAGUUUAAGAGGCUGGGUUCUUUUGUUUUAGAAACAUACAACAAGAUACAACCAAAACGUAAACGUUAAUGUUCUAACUUCCAUGCAGAUGUCGCCCAAUACACAUGAAAACGCGUCAGUCUGAUGUCACAAGUAUUCCCACUUCGGUGCCAUCAAUAUGUUUGUAGAUCUCUCGUAUGUGAAAGUCAGGAUAACAGAGGCGAAGUCGCUAAGGGCGUAUAUAACGCUCCCGACUAAUCAGGGAUCCGCUGGUUCGAAUCCUUAAUUCCCCGUUAUCACGGUCCUGGGUCUGUCAGCGCCCUCUGAGGUUGUGACAUUUACUAAAAUGAUAAACGUGUA